AUGGGUCGCAUCACCUCCGUUGCGCUCUUUGCGCUCGUGGGACUUGCCUCCGCUGGUUGCCCUUUCUCCGACCCGGCGGCCCUCCACGCCCGGGCCGAUGACUACACCCAGGCCCCGUUGGCCGAUGCCAUGAUCGAUGACAGCACCGGUUUCAUGACCGAUGAUGUCGGUGGCCAGAUCGAGGAGCAGGGCAGCCUCCGAGCAGGCCAGAGAGGACCAACUCUGCUCGAGGACUUCAUCUUCCGACAGAAGAUCACGCACUUCGAUCACGAACGGGUGCCUGAGCGCGCCGUUCACGCUCGAGGAGCCGGAGCCCACGGUAUAUUCACGAGCUAUGGCGACUGGAGUAAUCUCACCGCUGCGUCGUUCCUGAGUAGUGCUGGCAAGGAGACUCCUAUGUUCACUCGGUUCUCGACUGUGGCUGGCUCUCGCGGAAGCGCCGACACCGCUCGUGAUGUCCACGGUUUUGCGACGCGAUUCUACACCGACGAGGGCAAUUUCGACAUCGUAGGAAACAAUAUUCCCGUGUUCUUCAUCCAGGAUGCCAUCCAAUUCCCCGAUCUCAUCCACGCUGUCAAGCCAAGACCAGACAAUGAGAUACCUCAAGCAGCCACUGCUCACGACUCGGCAUGGGAUUUCUUCUCUCAACAAACCUCCUCGCUACAUACUCUCUUCUGGGCCAUGGCUGGAUAUGGUAUCCCCCGAAGCUUCAGACACAUGGAUGGUUUCGGAGUUCAUACUUUCCGCUUAGUCACCGACGAUGGCACAUCGAAGCUGGUCAAGUGGCACUGGAAGAGCAAGCAAGGCAAAGCUAGUCUCGUAUGGGAAGAAGCUCAGGUUCUAGCCGGAAAGAACGCAGAUUCGCACCGAGAAGACCUUUUCGACGCCAUUGAGUCUGGCAACGGUCCUGAGUGGGAACUUGCCGUUCAGGUCGUCGAUGAGGACAAGGCACUGGCAUUCGGGUUCGACCUAUUGGACCCAACGAAGAUCCUCCCCGAGGAGUACGCUCCGCUGCAAAAGCUUGGUGUCAUGAAGCUUCACACGAACCCGACCAACUACUUCGCCGAGACCGAACAGGUCAUGUUUCAGGUUGGACACGUCGUACGUGGUAUCGACUUUACCGAGGAUCCCUUGUUGCAAGGGCGCAUCUUCUCCUACCUCGACACUCAGCUGAACCGACACGGUGGCCCCAACUUUGAGCAGCUGCCCAUCAACCGGCCCCUCGCUCCUAUUCACAACAACAACCGUGACGGUGCUGCCCAGAACUUCAUCCACAAGAACACCGCACACUACUCCCCCAACACCCUCAACGACGGAUACCCACAACAGGCGAACCAGAAAACCGGGCGCGGCUUCUUCAGCGCACCGAUCCGCGGCACGAGCGGCGGCCUGGUGCGCGGGCUCUCGUCGAUGUUCGACGACCACUGGUCGCAGACGCGGCUCUUCUACAACUCGCUCGAGCCGGCGGAGCAGCAGUUCCUGAUCAACGCGAUGCGCUUCGAGACGAGCAAGCUGACGUCGACCGAGGUCAAGCAGAACGUGCUGACGCAACUCAACCGAGUCAGCCACGACGUCGCAGCGCGCGUCGCCGAGGCGCUCGGCAUGGCCGUCCCCGCGCCGGACCCGACAUACUACCACGACAACGUCACGGCCGGCAUCAGCAUCACCAACGCCACGCUGCCGACGGUCGCGACGCUGAAAGUCGGCAUCCUGGCCAGCAUCGGCAAUGCCAGUGCCAGCAACACGACGACAUCCGCGCAGGCCAUGGACCAGGCCAAGUCCCUCAAGCAGCGCCUGGCCGCCGACCACGGCCUCGUCCCCACCAUCGUGGCCGAGACGCUCGCGGACGGCGUCGACAAGACCUACUCGGCGGCCGACGCGACCGACUUCGACGCCGUCAUCGCCGUGUCGGGCGCGGAAUCGGUCUUCGCCCCCAACGCGCCCGCCUCCCCGCUCUACCCGGCCAUGCGCCCGCUGCAGAUCCUCAGCGCCGCGUUCCUGUACGGCAAGCCGGUCGGCUGGUUCGGCACCGACGCCGCGCCGAGCGACCUGCGCGCCGCCGCGGGGAUGGAUGCCCAGGCCGACGGCGUCUAUGUCAGCGCGAGCGUCGACGAGAUGGUCGGCGCGGUGGGCGAGGGGCUCAAGACUUUCAAGUUCACCGGGCGGUUCCCGAUGGAUUCGUAA